GAGAUGUAGAAAGUUAUCCUUUAAUUGUUUUUAUUCAGAUCUGGAACAAAUUUAGAAAUAUUCCGUUAAAGUUUAAGUAGAAUAAUAUAACGUGUAACAAGUAUAAAUUGUGUGUUAUGUGUCCACCCUGGAAUACACGCAAGGACGUAUCAAUCUAAAUAUAGAAAAGAAAAAAAACGUUCUGUACGGUUAUCAGAAAGCGCACGUGUAUCCCAAAGUACUUGAACGGAAUUUUAGAGUAAAAAUAUGGCAUCAAUAAUUAAAUUAUUGGACACGAACGAUCAGAAUUCGAAAGAGUUCGAACUGAUAGUGUACGAUUUGUUUGUUAACAAUAGCGAUGUGCCGUUUAACAACCGAGAGGUUGAUGUCGUCCAAAGCACCAUUGUGUCGAGCAUUAAUUCUCGUAUAAAUCUGGUAAAUACUCGAUACAGCGGUUUGGUUAUGUUGGACAUUAUCUUACCUAGAUGUUCCGAGAGUAUACUUACGAAAUAUACUCCAUUAUGGAUGACCAAAGCUACUGAGCUGUUGGAAGAUACACACAGCACUGCGAAAGAAGUGACGCUAGCAUGCAAAAUAUUAAGCUUUCUACUUGAGUAUUGCAAGGAAAUCCCCGAAUUACACAAGCCAGUUUCUAUACAAAACAUAAGACGGCUGAUACUUGUGGUUAACAGUUUGCUGAGAAAUAAAAAGUACAGCACAAUGUACUAUUUGGUUGCUGUUAUGCUGUAUCAUUAUCCUGAAGUUUGUGAACAGUCACAGGAAUUGAUGAAAAAGAUAAUAUUGCAACAGAUUGAUUCUACACAGAAGAAUUUGAUUAAUGCUAGUGCCAAGUGUUACGUUCUCUUGUCCAAGGCGACAGAACGUUCCUUUCAACCACCACCAACCAAGUCCAUGUAUACCAGAUUGACGUAUAACCAAGCCUUACUUUGCAAUAGCUUGCACGCUAUAAUGGAUGAAUUGUUCUCUGAAUUAACAGAGUUGAAAUCCUGGGAUAUUUGGGAUCAAUUGGAUUUACCUACUAUAUCCGAAGAAAAUGUGAUAAAGUACUACAAUGACCAGAAACAGAGAUUUUUAAACUUAUGCAUUUAUCUCUCCUCGAUGUUAUGCGGAUGUGAUGCAAAAAAUUCUGUUGUGCCUUUUGACAUCUUGGAAAUUCUCUGUAGAGGAUUGGCUGUUACACCAUUAAAUCUGAAGGAUAAAACUUCUGUCAAAAGACAGAUGUUGUAUAUAAUCUUGCCAAAAUUACACAUUGGUUUACUCACAGUUUUAAAUACAUUUAUAAAUGGAUUUGCGCAAGAAUUGAUACCAUUUGGAAAAAUAAUAUUAAAUCUGCUUCAACAAACGUUGCGAUGGACAAGUACAGUUUUAGAAAAUCAUAUAACAUUUAGCAACAGUAAAUCCUUCAAAAAUAUAAGAUUAUCCACUUACAAGUGUCUCCUUUCGUGGUUGAUAAAUACUGGUUCACUCUCGGGUGUAGAGACAAUUGCAAACGAAUAUAUGGCCUUCAUAAUGAAGGAUAUAACACCAGAACGAGAUUGUAUGUUAUUAACUGUUCAAAAACCGCAGCAUUGGUCUAAACGAGUGAUGAAACGUUUUAAAGAUAGUCAGUAUGAAAAUAAUUCAAUUUUAAAUAACGGAAAAGCUAUUAUUAAAAAUGGAUCCCUGGAUGCAGAUUUGUGCAAAGAAGCUCUUGUUGUCUUGCAAAAUAUACUUCAUAGCGGUAGUGUUCAGCUGAAACAAGCGUUUUAUAAGAAUAUGCAGAAUACGGUGAUAUCUUUAUUGUACAAUUUCUAUCUAGCUAAUUCUGGGCGAAGUUUUUACAAAGAACACAAUAAAUGCCGUUUGGAGUUAUUCAAAGUAUUAAGGGCAUUACAAAUGAAUCCACAUACUUUAUUAAGAUCUCCUAUUCAGUAUUAUUUGAAAAUAUCACAUAGAGCAUCCUAUGAUGUCGAUUUAAGUGUUGCUCAAGAAGCAAGACUUGCGUUAGCCGAAUUGGAAAAAAUUAUACAUCCUACAGCCCCUACAUUACAGUUACUACGACAAAAUGAGUACAAUAACGAAUUUCUUUCGGAAGAUCAAGUGGAAGAGCCUGCUACUGCUACUAUUGCUACUACUAGUAUUGCUACUGCAAUAAAUACCGAUAAGAAAAGUAGGAUUGAACGAAAAUUUCUUCAAGAAGCAGAUAUAUCGCCACCUGCAUGUAAACGACAAAAAAUAACCAUGCCAGAAUGUACAACAAUGUGGGAUAAAAACAGUACAGAAUCGUUCGGAAGAAAUGAUAAGGAAGCAAAUUCUAAUGAAUCUCAGACAAACAAAAAUUUUCAAGAAAAUGUCAGAAACGUAUCGCAGGAGACGGAACAAGUGCACUACAAUAAGGAGCAAGGUUUAUCGAACAGUGACGAAUUGACAAACGUUAAAGAAGCCGAAACAAGGGUAGAAUGUGAAUCGAUCACACGCAUUAUCACAGAUCAAAAGCAAGACGAGCAACCUAAAGAUUCUUCAUCUGCAGAUAAAACAAACAAAAUGUCAAAAGAUUCUCCUUCAAUCAUCGAAGAAGUUCAAGACGAGGUGGCAGAAGAGAAAGAAAAAGAAUCGGACAUUGAUGAUCCAGAGAUGCUUAAUCUGUUCGUUGAUAUUCCAGUUUUAUCAAGAGACACUAUAACGCCGCAACGCCAUGUACAGUCAGAUGAUUAAAAGUUGCAACAUA